UUGGCCCAAAUUUCCAUCUCGCACACAUAAGUUGCUCAGUCGUUUGGAGAAUGGUGCGUGCAACGGUGUCGCUUUUAAUUUGGUUAGUCCUAAUCGGACUCAAGGAAACUGAGAGUAAAUUUCUGUCUCACUACAUCCGACCCGAGUUGAUAACUGAGAAUGCGGCUUGCCAAGCGGAAAGUGAAAUUUUGCUCAAAGGGAUUGCGAAUCUCGAGCUGUGGGCCUUAAAAAUUGUGGAUUCAAGUUCAAAAAUCCAGUCGGGAAUUUUAUCCGGCAACAUUAAAAACUAUGGAAAUUUUGACGAAUGCAUCGACACCCAAAAAAAUAGCAUAAAAGGAAAGUAUUGCCUCGCUCACAUCCAAAUUGAUGCAAUUGAGCCAAAUCUUUCGGAGAAAAACGAAAUCAUUGAUUUUGUUUCUCAUGGGAGGCGCCACAUCGAAAUCACUCACAAUAGGACUCUUAAUAAUUUGUCGCUGCCAGAUAUUCUUCCAUCCAUGGCACUUUUCCAGUCUGCAUUUUGCAUCCCUUCCUCGUGUAAAUCGCAGGACGUGGAAAAAAUGGUUAAUGCUUCCCUAUUGGAUAUUGGAAAUUUACUCGGAUUACAAAUUUACUCAGAAGUAUUUGAGGAAAAUUGUUACACCAAAGAAGACCAACCUUGGAGCCCUGGAGAGCAAACAUUCUUAAUGUUCAUCAUUUGUGUCCUUAUAAUUACUUCAGUUGCCACUGCUUUGGAAAUCAAGAUUGGCUCCAAAAUAAGGAAGACUGAAAAAAAAUCAGCGCUGAAUUUGUUUCUUGAAAAAGGAAUUCUCCCAUUUGCUAUUUCUCGAAACUGGAAAAAAUUAACUAGUGAUGCUUCCAAAAAUUCUAUGCAAAGUUUAGAUGGCGUUCGCGCCUUUAGCAUAUCCAUGGUCGUCAUUGCCCAUAAUUCUCUCUCCAACGUGGUGAUCCCGUACAUGAACAAAAAAUUUAUUUUUGACCUGGCAAACCGACCGGAGUAUUUGCCGUUUUUUCUCUCUGGUUGGAGUGUUGAUUCUUUUCUAUUGCUCGGAGGCGCCCUUAGGACCUUCAACAUGUUAAAAGACCUAAAGGAAAAGAAAUUCAAUUUUUUCAAAGACUUUGUUCUUAGAUAUUUCAGAUUUACACUUCCGUUGUUAGUAACUAUUGCAUUCUACACAACCUGGUUUGAUAAGAUCGGAAGUGGACCAACCUGGCACAAAAGUGUGGGAGUGAACAAAGAACUCUGCGAAAAGAAUUGGUUUUGGAACAUUCUUUAUGUCAAUAAUAUUGUCAACCCUACUGAAUUGUGCGUCGCUCAAUCCUGGUACUUAGCAGCGGACAUGCAAUUUUAUCUCGUUUCUCCGAUUUUAAUUCAACUAAUUUACCGAUGGCCAAACAUUGGAAAGAAAGUUUUCGCAUUUAUCUUCUUCUUGGCAAUAUUGACAACUGCAACUGUAGUUUCCUGGACAGGGGCACCACCAUUUUUCGUACCUUCGUUUAGUGAUGAGCUAAUUAUGAAAUAUAUGACAUGGCUUCAUUUUUCCACUAUCAAUCGAAUAACACCUUACAUGGUUGGCGUUGCCCUGGGAUUUGUUUUGUGGAAAUUGAAAAAUGGCCAAGACCAAAAACUGUCAAAGAAAGCAGAAUUUGUGUGCUGGAUUAUGUCAAUGGUAUCCCUAUUUGCUGCUGUUUAUGGUGCCUCUCGAUUCAUAGACCCAAAUUACAAAUACAAUUUGGUGGAAUCAAUGAUUUUCACUGCACUCCAUAAGGCUCUUUUUACAUCAUGCCUUGCCUGGCUUAUUUACGCUUGCGAGAGCGGCCGUUUGGAAAUUUUAAACAAUUUUCUUUCGUGCAAAUUGUUUUCCUUCCUGAGCAAACUUUCAUUCAGCAUUUUCCUGACGCAUUUCAUCGUGAUUUAUUACAUUGAUGGGACUUUGAGGCACCAACGCUAUUUUGACUUAAUCCAAAAUAUGCACGUUUUCAUGGGAAGUUUCUCGUUCUCAAUUAUUUUGGCCAUCGUCUUUUAUAUGCUGAUAGAGGCGCCGUCGAGGUCUUUAGUGAACUCUUUGUUUCGUUGAAAAUUUUGGGUAACAAUCUGCAUCAGAUUGAUAAGCAAUCACUUUUAACGUUUUGCCAAAAACAUCUACUUGUUUAAAAAAUGUUCAUUUUCAUAAUAAAAAAUUUGAU